UUGAUUUUCUUUGUUGAUUGAAGUGUUUCACAGUUACAGUUAAUUGUUAAUCGUAAUUAUGGACUCGAUUACUGAGGAAGUUCGUGCCAAAGCUAAUCAAUUGUUGGAAAGAAAAGGAGCUCGUGAUGAACUUCGGAAGCUUCUUCAUAAUCGGUUAAUCGAAACACAAUUUAGCGAGAAAAUCGUUGAGAUGUGUAAACAAUUCAUCAAAGGCAAAGACGUGGAGACAAUUACAAUCGACGAUUUGGUCAACGCCGUAGUACCAGAAGCUCGUAAAUUAGUACCUGAUUCAGUUCGCGAGGAAUUGCUUGAUGCCACGAAGAAAGUGAUCACCGACGACGAAGCGAUCACGGAACAACUCAACGGAACCUCCGAUUAAUUUGAUCUCUUUUUUAUCUACCAAUUGGACUUAAUUACGACGGAAAUUUAGUUGGAACCAACCUAAUCACUGCCUUUGUAAUGAGAAGAUUUUGAAAUCGAAAUUUGGUCCAAAUUUUAUCGAUUAUUGAACUUGAGGCCGAUGGAAACUAUUGAAUCAAUGGCUUACUUUCUAUGGAAAAUUUUGACAACAAUCAUUUAGAUUAAUCAGAAAAUUAAUUUACUAAUUAACUCGAGAACAAUUAAUUGAGUUCGAUGAUUGAAACUGUCGAAUCGUUAAUCAAGGUUAAAGUGUCACAAUCCAAUUAACUGAUUCUCAUUCUCAAUUAGUUUAAUUAUUGGAAAAAUAAUCAAUGUUAUUAAAUCAAAUUUUCCAAAGACUAAUAAUCCUUAAUUGUUACCCUGAUAAAUCAACAAAUGGCUCAGAUAAUUAACUUGAUUCCUUAAUUAAUUUGCAACUAGUUGACUAGUGACAUUUGAUUGAUUAUUUGAUUUAAUUGCUAUUGAAUUGAUAUUAUCAUAAUUUACUCUUGUUUGUUAUGAUUUACUUUCAACAAUCAAAUGGGAUUUGAAUAAUUUACAAAUUAAUUGAAUUUCGUGUUGAUUUAAUUCUUGAUGGGGGUUAAUUGUUAACAUGAUAAUCUGUUAACUGUUGGAAAAUAACUAAUGGCAAUUAGUUAAUAAACUUGUUUACCAAGAA